UUUACAGUUUCUUGUUUUCGUUAAACGGUGGGUUUAACUUGUCAACGGCUUCAUCGAUGGAAACCCGGCAAAUCAAAACCUGGUGGUCGGUUUACAGUUUUGGUAUAUGCACUCCCUCGAUGCCAACAGAUUUGAGCUAGCAAAGAAAUUUGGAGUGACAGAGUUUGUGAACCCAAAAGAUCACACGAAACCAGUACAAGAAGUGAUUGCAGAGAUGACAAAUGGAGGAGUUGACAGGAGUGUUGAAUGCACUGGUCAUAUUGAUGCUAUGAUAUCUGCCUUCGAAUGUGUUCAUGAUGGUUGGGGUGUUGCUGUUCUUGUGGGUGUUCCACAUAAAGAUGCUGUUUUCAAGACAAGUCCAUUGAAUCUAUUGAACGAAAGGACUCUGAGGGGAACCUUUUUUGGAAACUAUAAACCUCGAUCCGAUAUUCCUUCUGUGGUUGAAAAGUAUAUGAAUAAGGAACUUGAGUUGGAGAAGUUCAUUACACAUGAAUUGCCAUUUUCUGAGAUCAAUAAGGCUUUUGAUUUGAUGUUUAAAGGUGAAGGUCUUCGAUGCAUAAUUCGGAUGGGUGAAUAAAUGGAGAGGAAAGUUUUUAAAAAUGUUGUAUAAUAGUAGCUCAUAUUUCAUAUAAUAACACAUCAAGUGUCUUCUGUAAUCUUAUUAUGUACGCAGUGUUUCUGUGUUGGGAUCCUGACUUUAUGAGUUUAUAUAUUCCAUUGAUUAUUAGUUAGUUCACUUCUCUUGG